GCGGCGGCUUCGCCAUGAACCCUAGGGGCCUGUUCCAGGACUUCAACCCGAGUAAGUUCCUCAUCUACGCCUGCUUGCUCCUCUUCUCCGUGCUGCUGCCCCUCCGCCUGGACGGCGUCAUCCAGUGGAGCUACUGGGCGGUCUUCGCCCCCAUAUGGCUGUGGAAGCUCCUGGUCAUCGCCGGCGCCUCAGUGGGCGCAGGCGUUUGGGCCCGCAACCCUCGAUACCGCACGGAGGGGGAGGCCUGCGUGGAGUUCAAAGCCAUGUUGAUCGCCGUGGCUAUCCACCUGCUGCUGCUCAUGUUCGAAGUCCUGGUCUGCGACAGGGUGGAGAGGGGGACCCACUUCUGGCUGCUGGUCUUCAUGCCACUUUUUUUCGUAUCCCCAGUGUCCGUGGCCGCCUGCGUCUGGGGCUUCCGACACGAUAGGUCCCUAGAGCUGGAGAUCUUGUGCUCUGUCAACAUCCUGCAGUUCAUCUUCAUCGCCCUAAGGCUGGACAGGAUUAUCCACUGGCCGUGGCUGGUGGUGUUCGUGCCCCUGUGGAUUCUCAUGUCGUUCCUCUGCCUAGUCGUCCUCUAUUACAUCGUCUGGUCCCUCCUGUUCCUUCGAUCCUUGGAUGUCGUUGCGGAACAGCGAAGGACACAUGUGACCAUGGCCAUCAGCUGGAUAACGAUUGUCGUACCCCUGCUCACUUUUGAGGUUCUGCUCGUUCACAGAUUGGACGGCCACAAUACAUUCUCUUACAUCUCCAUAUUUGUCCCCCUUUGGCUUUCAUUAAUAACUUUAAUGGCCACGACGUUUAGGCGGAAGGGAGGCAACCAUUGGUGGUUUGGGAUUCGCAGAGAUUUCUGUCAGUUUCUGCUUGAAAUUUUCCCAUUUCUAAGAGAAUAUGGGAACAUUUCCUAUGAUCUACAUCAUGAAGAUAGUGAAGAAGCUGAAGAAACAUCAGUCCCAGAUGCUCCUAAAAUUGCUCCGAUGUUUGGAAAGAAGGCCAGGGUAGUUAUAACCCAGAGUCCUGGAAAGUAUGUUCCCCCGCCUCCCAAGUUAAAUAUUGAUAUGCCAGAUUAAACUCCUCUUCCAGAGAGCACCCAUAUGUGGAACAGAAAUCAUAAACACAUACACAAUCCACCUUAUUUUUGCCUCUUUGUUCAUCCAUCCCAAUCUUGGAACUGAAAAUAGGCUCCAAACACCAUAUCAUCUCAUGCCUUGAGAUUAAUGCCUGUCAGUUACUCAUCAGUGUGCACCAUAGAUAGAGGAGGUGAUUUUAAUAUACGGCUGUGUGUGUGUGUGUGUGUGUGUGUGUGUGUGUGUGUGUGUGUGUGUGUGUGUGUGUGU